AUGUGUGCUAUUGCAUGCUUCAGCGCUGAACAUGAGGCUCGACACCUUGAAGGGUUGAGAGCCAUGGCGACCCAGUCCUUCGUGAAGGGCGAAGUCGUUGAAGUGUGGAGCAACUCGCAAAAGUCGUGGAUCUCGGGUGCCGUGGUAUUGGAGGCUCCAGACCGUGACUGCGUCAUAGAUGGCUAUGCAAUACCAGCAGGUGCAGUGAAGGUGACGUCUUCUGCCGGGACUAAGUGGAUACUGCCGGAUCAGGUGCCCUCCGCCCUUCGUAAGGUUCAGGGCGGUGAUAUCCCAGCCUCUGAGCCGGCCUUACCACCUCUGCCGGGUGCCAAGGCAGAGGCCCGACCCUCGGCAAAGCCUGGCAUGUGCAAGAUGGGUUGUAAUCGCCCAGUGCAGCCGGGUCUCACCCGAGGAAUGAAGGCUUUUGACACCUGCUGCAAGAAAUGUGCACAGGGAAAGGGGGGUCAUGAUGCCAAUUGCGGAGGCAGUUCUGCAAAGCCGCUUGCCAGGUCUGUCACCACUGAGGUCGAAGAUCCUCAACAUUGGUUGCUAGAUCUCCUGUCGUCUGCAGACGGUUUCAACAAGUAUGCCGGCAAGAUUGUUGCAACUGUCUCUGGAGACGCAGGGACACUCAACGCAUCUCAAGCGCAAGAGGCAGUGUCGAAGUACCUGCUGCAACCAAUUGGUACCAGCCUUCCUGUGGACAUGCGUGCUGCAGAGGAUUGGAUCAGCAAAUUCGGUACAGAUGGGGUCAUGGACACCCCAGCUUUCACGAAACUGGUGCAUCAGAUCCUGCAGGACCGAGUGCGAACCUGGUUCCCUGAAAAGCUGAUUGCCAAGACCCACAGCUUCGUUCGCCAGAAUCCUGCCCGUGUUGAGACCGUUUACGAGGUCGGAAAGCUCCUGGGCGAAGGGAGCUUUGGAAAGGUUUACAAUGUACAGCACCGCAUCUCCGGCGAGUCAAGGGUCUGCAAAAAGAUUGCAAAGCUCAAGGGCAAGGAAGGCAUGAAGGUGGAAGAGAUCCUGCAGGAGAUUGAGAGCAUGGCUACUCUGGACCACCCAAACGUCAUCAAAGUCUAUGAGUAUUUCCAAGAUAGGGACAGCGUGUCUCAGAUAAUGGAGCCUUGCUAUGGUGGAGAGCUUCAAGAUCGGAUUAACGACGUGUACCAGAAAGGCAAGCCUUCCUACUCGGAGGACUUCGUGUGUGACGUGAUGAAGCAAACCUUGCGAGCGCUGGCCUUCAUGCACAGCCAUAACUUCAUGCACAAAGACCUCAAGCCGCAGAACAUCAUGCUCGUAAGCAAGGAGUCAGCAUCCAUCAAAGUCAUCGAUUUCGGUCUGGCCGAGCUCUUCGAGCCAGACCAGAAGCAUUCAGACGCUUUUGGCGGCACCCUUCUCUACAUGGCUCCUGAGGUUUUCAAGCUCAAGCUGGAGUUCAAGUCAGACAUUUGGAGUGCCGGAGUCAUUCACUACAACCUGAUGACCGGAGACUACCCGUUUAUGGCAACAUGGCCCUUGCCGAAAGGUAAGACCAUGGAAUGGUGGCAGACCGAGCUUGCUCGGUCGAUUUGCGAGGACAACUUCAGGGAUAACAAGCGCCUGAAGAAUUGGAGCACGGAGUGCAAUGACCUCCUCCGCCAGAUGCUGGAGAAGAGCGUGAGCAAGAGACCUGAUGCAGCCGCGUGCUUGGAGCAUUCAUGGUUCAAAAAGUACGAGGCAACUCCACCACCUCUCUCCAUUGGCAUCACUCAAUGCUUAGAGGCAUAUGCGGGACAGCCUGAGUUGAAAAAGUCAAUCUUCCUCCUCAUAGCGCACAUGUGCACUGCGCCUGCAUUGAGCGAACUUCGCGCCAUUUUCACCCACUUCGACACCUUGAACCAGGGGUGUUUGGUCGCCGCUGACUUCCGGGACGUGCUAUACAAAUCUGGGAUGUCCUCGCUGCAAGUGGAGCGUAUUGUACACGCUCUGGAUCAGGAUCGCAGUGGCGCGGUGACCUGGACCGAGUUUGUCGCCGGGGCUCUUUGCGUGAGCGUGUGUGGAAACAAGCGGCUGGUAGAAGCUGCUUUUGCUGUCUUCGACAAGGACAACGAUGGCAAGGUGAGCCAGGCUGAUUUUGAAGACAUGUUUGCUAAAGGCGACGUGGAAUCAUUGUGGAGGAAAAAUCUGCCGCGGGAGCUUCAGCUUAUCGGCGAAGCGGGUGCCGAUGGGAAGUACCUGAAAGAGCAGUUUGUACAGUACAUGGGCAGGAGGAUGCAGGUCACUUCCGGCGAGCCUGCGCUGCGAGAGCGCAUAGCCGCGUCAGGUGGCUGGCAAGUCACAAAGCAGCUAGGGAGAGGCCAGUAUGGAACUGCCUAUCUUGUGGCUUGGGAUGAGGAGAAAUGUGGAGAAGAGAGCCCGGCCCUGAAAGACGCGAUGUCAAACAUCAGCGCUGCUGUCGCCAAAGUGGUGGGAUUGGAGUUCCUUCCAGAGAAGGAGCACAAUUUCGCCUUCCAGGAGGUAGAGCUCAUGAGGGCUUUGCGCCACCCACACAUCGUAGCACUCCGCGACCAUUUUCUCACUGAGGCCAGCUUAGAGCUCGUGAUAGUUAUGGAGUUCUGCGACAGUGGGGACCUCCGAGGGGAGGUAAAGCGGCGGACGCAGGUGAAGCCACCCGACCUACUUCCAGAAGCUACAAUCAUGACCUGGUUCGUGCAGAUGACACUAGCGCUCAACUACAUGCAUCAGCGUCACAUCCUCCACAGGGACCUCAAGAGUUCCAAUGUUUUCUUGACAACUGCGCCGUCUGGGGAUGGUGACUAUGAUGCUGGGAUCUCAGACGGGUGA